CGUCUAGCGUAUGCCUUGCAAGCCGCUCGAUGCUCCUGAUCUGCGGGUGAUUGUCCGAUCCGUGGCUGGAAGGAUCGAUAUCAAACGCGCCGACGGCACGGGCCGCACUGUGGAUCAUACUGUAGGAUGACCGAUGGCAACGCGGACCGCUUUGCUUGUCGCCGAUGCCCGGCAGAUGAGUGCAUCCGAUCGGCGACAAUGACGAGUUCCAGAGAUGUCAUAUCUCCUGACCUCCUUUCCCUCCUGCAUUAACCAGCCUUACCUCUUACAAUGCCUGCUCUUAUCUUCCUCCUCGUCGUGACGGUGACUCUAGCCGUGGCCGCUCCUCCUCCAGCGGCUCGUGGUUCGAUCGUCACUCAACGCUGCCAUGCAGACCCCAAUGUCCAUUGCAUCUACGCUAGCCAAUCCGUGGUCGAAUAUCCUAAAGUGCGCAUGUCCUCCGGCAGCGUCAUUGCUACCGAGGUCGACAACAUCGGCUCAUCCACCUUCGUCCUUGAGCAAAAUUCCGUCGGCUCCAUCACGGUCAGGUGUGCAGAGGGUGGCGGCCAAAACGUUUUCUACUUUCUCUUUCAGAACAAAUUUUCACAGAUCGACCACCGUCCGGAGUCUACUGGUCGGGCUACGAUCGCUUUCAAUGACGACGGAGGGCUUCAUCCUAAACCCGGUUCGAGCGCAUUCAGUCACAUGGCAGGUGUCGAUGCGACGAUCUCUUGCCCGUUCGCAAAAGGGGUUGAGCACGAAGGCCUCGCUGAUGCAAAGCUCGGCUAGGCUAGCCUACGCUCAGGCCCCUUCACUACUGUACUCCCAUUUCAUUCGCCACGUUCGACUGUGCCUUUCACAUUCGACCCUUCCAAACCUUCCCUCAUUGUCCGGCCAACUAAAGUC